AUGACGGCCAGUCUCGCGCGUGUUCAAGGUUGGAUAGAGAACUAUGAACGUGUUUCGGCUGUACGGGAGCCGGUAGCAGGGCGGAUUGUGUCGGUUCAAGACGAUCUUAUUCAAGUGGAGUCGGUGUGGACGAAUCGAGAGCCUGUGUUGAAGAAAGCCAUCAAGUCGACGAGAUUUUCACUGCUGAAUAAGGAGAACCUGACGCCGGUUUCGAGUAUUGGCGGUCGGCAGAUCGGUACGGAGUGAGUUGUUUUUGUUUUGGAGUUUUGAAUUUUUAGGGACUUGAUUGGAGAUGGUCAAGAAGAAGAUGUUGCCACUCCUGGCUAGCUGACUCUAUUGGUCUGAAAUUUUUUGUACUGUUUGGUAAUGUAAUUGGCUUGAUACUAGCUGAAUUUGGGGAUGCGGUAUAGCUUUUUUAUGGAAAUCUGGCAUUUUCUUUAACGUUCUCGGAUGUUAUCCUUGUUUCUCGGGUGAUCGAUUGAAUACCUAAAAUUUGAGGCCUGAUGUUCAAAUUUUUUUCGUGAAAAAGUUUGAAGAGAGUCAGAUUCACAUUGUAAAAUAGUUUCCAUCUUUGGUUUGAGGUUUUACAUCCAAAAAAUUAUAUUAUACAUGACAUCAAUAAGAUCUUCUCUCUUUCCGAUAAAAAAUGUUGCAAAAUCGUCAUGAAUUGAUGGCCAAUGUAGUUGAGAUGUAUUUUUAGUGCUCACCCUACAAUAUACUCUCCUUCUGGCGCGCUCUCUGCUACCAUUCUUUCUCAAACUGAAGGGAAGGAUGAGAAGCAAUUUUUGAUCGUUUCAUGCACUAAAUCCCAACGAAGAUUGAAGACCAUCGAUCUGGCGGCUUCCAAAAAGCACGGAAAAGUCCAUGUGGCCAAUGAAUUUGGGGCGUUCAAGUUCUCCCAUGACGAGGAGAAGAUUUUGUUCGUAGCGGAGAAGCUGGUAAAGCCGACACAUUUCUUUGAUCCUGACCUGGAUUGGACUGAUGAGGAGAAGAUUAGCAAGGUAGAGUUGUUUUUGAUUUUUGCAAUUGAUAUUUAGAACUUCAUCUGGCCAAAAUUUUGGUGAUCAUCAAGUGCCUAAAUCAAUAUAAAACUGGAUUUGAACUAUACUUUUUUGUCUGAAUUUUUGAAUUUCCAGGCCAAUGUUGGCGAAAAAUUCGCAGUCCGCGAGUCCUGGGGCGAGCAAAUGCCGGAAGUUAAGACCCCCGUCAUCUGCACCUUGACCUGGAAAACUAAUGUCCUGCGGCUAAUUGAGACUGAUAUCUUUGAGGAGUUCAGCCCAGCACAAUCCACAUGGGCUCCAGAAGACACUGGCAUCCUGUUUGUGGGCGUAAAGUCGACUCCGUUCAAGUUGGGGAAGAUUUAUUGCAGCAACAGACCGAGUCAGCUCUAUUUCUACGACUUUAAGGCGGAUUCAUUCGAAAAAAUUGGAAAAUUUGGUGUCGGAAUCGAAGGCUUGAGGGUGUCGCCGUGCGGAAAGAGGGUGGUUUGGUUCCAAAGGGAUGGAACUGGACCUCAUGGAGCCGGAUUUGAGCUGUGGAAGGUGAGUUUAGACUAAGAAUUACAAAAAAAUAGUGGAAUUAUGGGUAAAAAGAAAUAAUAAUAGGUAAUAUGAAGUGUGAAAAGGUUAUUGAUAACAUAUUUUACGUUGAUAUUACUGUAUUUUUAUAAAAAAGUUAGUAUAAAAAGUUUCCAUUUUUACGAAAAUUUUUGGAUAAUUUCUAAUUGAAUUUGCCCUACAAAUUAUCCACAAAUUUUCGUUCCAGUUGGAUUGGACAAAGCCCGAACGGACCCCCGAAUUACUAGUCCCAUUGGUCCAAAAGCCGGAGAAAAUUGGAGUAAGCGGAACAUUCCCCGGAUUCUACUUGCCGACACUGGUACGACAGCCAUUUUCCAAGGGCCAAUUGGUGGUUUCGACGUUAUGGGGAGCUGCGAAUACUGUGGUCCUAGUCGAUCUGACUGAUGGAAAAAUAACAAAACUCCCGUAUUAUGAGAAGAAGAUUGGCUCUACUUUCCCAUUGGAUGUCAAAGUGAGUGUUUUUCUUGGCGAGGUGACAUGUUAUACGAUGAAAAAGUAUUUUUGAAUUUUUGUCGUAUAAAAUGUCGUUAAAUUGAACUUCAUUCAGUCUUUUGUGUUUAAAAUGGCAUUAGGGCAUGGUAUUUGAUUUUGAGGAUACAUGUGAGAUUUUAUACGAUGAAAAGUUUUCGAAAAUUAGAGAACUUGAAGUUUUUCGAUUUUUGCGUAUAAAAUGUCUCCGAUGCAGAAUUUUUUAUUUUUAAUGUCUGAAGAGUGACACUAAAAGACUAUGAACAAAGAUUUGAAAUAGAUUUUGAAGAUAUCUAGAUGUUUUAUACCUAAAAAAAUUUCUAAUUUUUUCAUCGUAUAAGAUGUCCCCUGAUUGUAAUAAAUGAUGCCUUUAGGAUGGAUACCUCCUAGCUUACGCCUCCUCUCCAGCACGUCCAGCAACACUCGUUUUGGCCGACCUGAACGCCCAAAACAUUGAAUUCAAGCCGGUGGAGGCGCAAGAUCCCAAAGUCGGAUUGGAAGACUUGACCGAGAAGUGGGAAGUGGUUUAUUUGAAGCGCGAAGGCAAGGAAUUUUAUAUAUUGAUAUUUUAUAUUGAUUGAGGACCCGUAAUAUUGGUUGUGAUGGGCUAGUUUGCUUUUAGAUGGGCAUAUUUACGAGUCUUUCAUCCGUUUCCCGAAGAAAGAGGGAAAUUUCAAGGUUCCACUGGUUGUUUUGCCUCACGGAGGCCCUCAUGGAUGCUCAGUCAUCAUGUGGCAUGGCACAUUGAUUGGCAGCUUGGUUGCAAGUGGCUAUGCGGUUCUUCAGGUGGAACUUUGUCGAUUUUUUGGGGGGAAAAAUGGAUUUUCUAUUUGACCUGGAAAAUCCUGGAAUUGGAUCGAUCCGGCAUAAAAAACAGCGACAUUGCACGUUCAAAUCAACAAGGCACAUUCUGUUCAGAGUGGGCCACUCGAAACUCCCAACCUAUUUUCGAGUAUUUCUACGCCAAUAAUGCAUCAAUUUUCAUAAAAUUUCUAUCAAAUUAAAGCUGAGACACCCCAUUUCUUGUUGUCCAAACAUGGCCCUUUUAAGUUAAUGGAGGCACCCGUACUGACCUUUGACAUUUUCAUUCUAUUUUGGAGCCAAAAAAAGUGAAAUUUGGAAUGAAAAUGUGAAAGGUCAGUACGGGUGCCUCCGUUAACUUAGACGGGCCAUACUUGGAUAACAAGAAAUGGGGUGUCUCAGCUUUAAUUUGAUAUAAAUUUUAUGGAAAUUGGUUUAUUAUUGGCGGAGAAAUACCUGAAAAGAGGUUGGCCACUCUGUACAGAAUGUGCCUUGUUGAUUUGAACUUGCUAUGUCGGUGCUUUUUAUGACGAUUGAACCUGAACCUCUCCUUUUUUGAAUACUCCCCGUUUUUGAAAAUUGAAAAAAUUAGGUGUGACAUGUUAUACGAUGAAAGUUUUUUCAAAUUGAAAAAAAUUUUCAAUUUUCAAAAUGGCGGAGUGUUCAAAAAAAGGGAGAUUUCGGAAAGGGGAGAGUUCGCCUGCAACGUUUAAUGACCGAUGGAUCCAAUUCCAUGAUUUUCCAGGUCAACUAUCAUGGAUCCCAAGGCUACGGCGAAGAACUUCUCCGCCGGUUACCGGGAAAUUGUGGUGAUAUGGACGUGAAAGACGUCCAUUAUGCGGUGGAGACAACCCUCAAAGCAUACGAACAGCUGGACAAGGACAGAGUUGUCCUGUUCGGAGGGUCGCACGGAGGAUUCUUGGUCAGUCAUUUGAUCGGCCAAUACCCCGAGUUCUACAAGGCCUGUGUGGCACUGAACCCGGUGCUGAAUAUCUUGAGUGAGUCGAUUUUUUGAGACAAUGCCGGACCAAAAAAAAAACGCAAAAAAUCGGCCGAAAUUUCCAAAAAAUCAAUUUUCAGCCAAAAAUUCACUGAAAUAAUGUCCGACUUUAUAAAAACCUGCUUUAAAAAUGUCCAAUCUUUUUCAAAAUCACCUUUACGAUCUUUAAUUACAGUGACGGGAAUGAUCCAGUGGCAAAAAGUGCCAUUUUGCAUCCGGGAAGUGUCUAAAAAUGUGGCAAAAUGCCUCCCUUUCCAAGUGAAAAAACCCUUUUAAAAAGUUUUUUUUAAAAAGCGCGCCCGUUUUUUUUGUAAAUGAGUCCUUCAAAACGGAGUUUUUUAGUUGGAGGGGGAGGCAUUUUGCCACAUUUUUUGAUACUUCCCAUAUGCAAAAUGGUACCUUUUUUGCCACUGGAUCAGGUCCGUCACUAUAAUUGAAGGUUGUAAAAAGGUUAUCUUGAAGAAGAUUGGACAUUUUUUAAAGCAGGUUUUAGGGAAGUCGGAUAGAAUUUUAGUGAAUUUUUGGCUGAAAAUUGAUUUUUUUUUUGGAAAUUUUGGCCGAUUUUUUGUUGAUUUUUUUUUGAAAUUUAGGCCGAUUUUUUUUGGAUUUUUUGGAAAUUUUGGCCGAUUUUUUUUGAAAUUUAGGCCGAUUUUUUUUUGGAUUUUUUGGAAAUUUUGGCCGAUUUUUUAUUAUUUUUUUUUUUUGAAAUUUAGGCCGUUUUUUUUUUUGUUUUUUGGCCUGAAAAUUGAAUUUAGAGGAUUGACAACCGGAUUUAUGGUAUAAAUAAAUCGUUUUUAGCCAUGCACGACCUCACCGACAUCACCGAUUGGACCGCCUACGAAGCGCUCGGCCAAUGGCCCGACUUCCAGAAAGUUCUCAGCCCCGAGGAACGCGAAAAACUCUUCGCUUCCUCGCCAGCAGCUCAUGCGAACAAAAUCAAGACCCCAUAUUUGCUGCUAAUUGGAGAGAAAGACUUGAGAGUGGUCCCACAUUAUCGAGGAUUCAUCCGGACUCUUCAGGCCAAUGGAUCCACGGCCAAAGUCUUGUCCUAUCCGGAGAGCAAUCACCCCCUAAUUGAAGUCGAAGUGGAAUCUGACUUUGUCAUCAACAUGAUCAAAUGGUUCGAUCAGCAUAGUCAAUAG